CGGGCGGUCAUAGCGUUACUUGGCUGAAAGGAGGAGGAACUGGCAGCGGGGAGGAGGCUCUAGCGAGGCCUGAAAGGCUUCGUAACCAGGCAGGAGUAGGGGUUGGGGUUCGGGGUUGGGGGACAGCCAGGGAUCGCGUCUGAUAUGCUGUUGGGGUCGUGACCGCCUGGGGGCCGAGGCAGGCACUGGCCAGACCCAGCCAGGGAUCCUCGUCUUCGUCGAGCCUAAUUUCCAGCAGCCGGGUAGGCCUCACCAGAGGCUCCUUUCCGUGAGGCCGCCCCCAAUUCCUGCCCCUAUUCCCUGCCUGGGAGAUGGCUUCCCCGAGCCCCCCGCCGGAGUCAAAGAGAGACUUGAUAAAUCGGCCUGAGAAAAUAAGUAAUGCUCCAGACUAGCUCUCUCAUUUGUGAGUUCUUCAGGUGAAGCACCAUUUUUGACCUUCCCUUGUGUCUUCUGUUCCUGGCACAGUGCCUGGACCCCAAGGAGGAGUGGGAUUAUCUGGACCCAGCUCAGAGAAGCCUGUAUAAAGAUGUCAUGAUGGAGAAUUAUGGAAACCUGGUCUCACUGGAUGUUUUGAACAGAGAUAAAGAUGAGGAGCCAACUGUAAAACAAGAGAUUGAAGAAAUUGAGGAAGAAGUGGAACCACAGGGUGUAAUAGUUACAAGAAUCAAAAGUGAAAUUGACCAGGAUCCUAUGGGUAGAGAAACCUUUGAACUUGUUGGUAGGUUAGAUAAACAAAGAGGGAUCUUCCUAUGGGAAAUACCAAGGGAAUCUUUGACCCAGGAACAGAGAAUGUUCAGAGAAAACACUAACAUUAUCCGUAAAAGACCAAACUCAGAAGAGAAAUGCCAUAAAUGUGAAGAAUGUGGAAAGGGUUUUGUCCGCAAGGCCCAUUUCAUUCAACAUCAAAGGGUCCAUACUGGUGAGAAACCUUUUCAGUGCAAUGAAUGUGGGAAAAGUUUUAGUCGCAGUUCAUUUGUUAUUGAACAUCAGAGAAUUCACACUGGGGAAAGGCCCUAUGAGUGUAAUUACUGUGGAAAAACCUUUAGUGUGAGCUCAACCCUUAUUAGACAUCAGAGAAUCCACACUGGAGAAAGACCCUAUCAGUGUAAUCAGUGUAAACAGAGCUUCAGCCAGAGAAGGAGCCUUGUUAAACAUCAGAGGAUUCAUACAGGUGAGAAACCCCAUAAAUGUAGUGACUGUGGGAAAGCCUUCAGUUGGAAAUCACACCUUAUUGAGCAUCAAAGAACUCACACUGGUGAGAAACCUUAUCACUGUACCAAAUGUAAGAAGAGCUUUAGUCGAAAUUCAUUGCUUGUUGAGCAUCAAAGAAUUCACACUGGGGAAAGACCCCAUAAAUGUGGUGAAUGUGGGAAAGCCUUUCGAUUAAGCACAUACCUUAUACAACACCAAAAAAUUCACACUGGCGAGAAGCCUUUUCUUUGUAUUGAGUGUGGAAAAAGUUUCAGUCGGAGCUCAUUCCUUAUUGAACAUCAGAGGAUCCAUACUGGUGAAAGACCUUAUCAGUGCAAAGAGUGUGGGAAAAGUUUCAGUCAACUUUGCAACCUUACUCGUCAUCAGAGAAUUCACACAGGAGACAAGCCCCAUAAAUGUGAGGAAUGUGGAAAAGCCUUUAGUAGAAGCUCAGGUCUUAUUCAGCAUCAGAGAAUUCACACCAGGGAGAAGACUUAUCCAUACAAUGAAACUAAGGAAAGUUUUGAUCCAAAUUGCAGUCUUGUUAUACAGCAGGAAGUCUACCCUAAGGAGAAGUCUUAUAAAUGUGAUGAAUGUGGGAAAACUUUUAGUGUUAGUGCUCAUCUUGUACAACAUCAAAGAAUUCACACUGGUGAAAAGCCCUAUCUAUGUACUGUCUGUGGGAAAAGCUUCAGCCGGAGCUCAUUUCUUAUUGAACAUCAGAGAAUCCACACUGGUGAGAGACCCUAUCUGUGCAGACAGUGUGGAAAAAGCUUUAGUCAGCUUUGUAAUCUUAUUCGACAUCAGGGUGUUCACACAGGUAAUAAACCCCAUAAAUGUGAUGAAUGUGGAAAGGCCUUUAGCCGGAACUCGGGUCUUAUUCAGCAUCAGAGAAUACACACAGGAGAGAAACCUUAUAAGUGUGAGAAGUGCGACAAAAGUUUCAGUCAACAGCGCAGUCUUGUCAACCAUCAGAAGAUCCAUGCAGAGGUGAAAACCCAAGAAACCCAUGAAUGUGACGCUUGUGGUGAAGCCUUUAAUUGCCGCAUUUCUCUUAUUCAGCAUCAGAAAUUGCACACAGCAUGGAUGCAAUAAAUGUAGAGCAAUACAUAAGCUCAAUUUGAUUUGAGACUAGUUACCCAAGUGCAGUUUUAGUAUGGCUCAACAUGGGUCAGAUUUAGUGAUAAAGCAAAUUCUCCUUGGCCUCAGGCAAAUAGUUUCUAAAGAUUCUGUGAAUAGUGGACAACUGCCCAUGAGCAUCUGACUUCCCUUACUCUUUGAUGAUCAUAGAGAAAGACUUGGUAAUUUAUCUAAGUAUCUUUAAUAAAUCUUUCGGCAGAGAGAUUAAACCUAGGUUCAGAGCAUGGGUGCUCUGAGGGACAAAGUUGGAUUAGUAUAAGGGAGCUGGAGCAGCCAAUAGUGGAAAACAGAAUAAUGAUUCAAAGAGUCUUCUGUCACCAUGUCAUAUUGUGGUUCUUUCAGGUCCACGAUAUGUUUGGCUCUGCAUGCCAAAGUCCAGUGAUUAAGCAUAUAUAAAUUGUCAAGGAAACAAAGCCCAAAUGUUUUUAAAACAAGUAUACAGUUUUUGUCAUUGUUUAAGGAAGCCAGUUGUUUGGCAUGUGAGUUAAAGGCAGUUCCAAUGCCUGAUGGUUCCCAGAUCUAUGAAAUGAGUGGACCAUUAACCUUACAUGUAAAGAUUAUGUUAGUAAUUAAGAAACCUAACAAAGGUGUUACCAAGGAACCUUUGGGAGUGCCUUUUUUGUUUUUCAAGAUGGACCCAAAAAAGUGGAGGAAGAUAUUGUUCUUUUGUGCCCUCCUACCUGUGAGAGAUAUUUGUAGUCCUAUGUGAAUGAGCUUAUCCCUCCACAACCAGGUGCAUAUACAAGUGUACAUAUUUUGACUGCCAAGAAUUGGAAAUGAAAAGACCUGGAGUCUAUGCUAGGAAGCUGAGAUAUUUUGGUAUUGCAUUGGUUUUUAUGGUAACUAGGUUUUGCAUGCAAUUAAAAAUCCUUAUUUCUUGUUCUAGGGCUUCCCUUAGUUAAUGGUUAUUAUAAACCUAUUAAUUCAUCUGUUUUAACCAUUAAAACCUGUUUUGUUUUUCGCUUUG